UGCAAAUUUAUUCGAAAAUUGCUGAUUUUGCGUGUGUCAAUUAAUACGAAUGAUUUCAAUUUAAGGAAAACGAAAAAGCUAUUUACGCUUGACAAAAAAAUUCAGUUCAAAUAAGUUUUUUUGGGAAAGUCAGGGGCGUGGCUACCAGAGUGUAUUUAUGUAAUUUGUGCCGUCAGCUACGCCAUUGGUUAUUUCCGAUAUUAUGUUUGAAAUUUGGAUUCCCUAUAGUUUUUUUAGAAAAAAGGUAAUAUUUCAUCACCCAAUACAGUUUUUGAUAGAGUUUUACAGACUAGAAUGUUUGUCUGUUUUUGCCUUGGAUACUAGGAGUAAUUUAGUUAGAAACUUGUCGUUUCCAAAAAAAUACAAUAAAAUUUACAGAAACGCAUAGCGAGAAAAAAUUUCUACUCUUUUGUAAAAUGCCCCAUUAUACACCGAUCUAGCGUGCGGAAAGUGUCAUUUUACCAGGUCGGUUUCGUUUCCCACGGACCCCAGCCAUUUCGGACUUUUCCGAGAUAUUACCGCACGGGUUUGGGAGCAAUCGGAUGUUUUCGGAGAUAUUACCGCACGGCUUGAAUUUUGACAUUUGUCAAUUCUGACGGUCAUGUCAGUAAUAUAUUCGUGUUGAUUUACAAAAAGGUAUGGUGUAGCAAUGCAAUGUUGGAAAGUACAAAAAGAAAAUCGGAUUUUGAGGACAUUAUCUCAGAAGAUUAUAAAUUUUUUUCCAAAUCGGAAUUGUCUGAGAAAAAAUCGAGGUUUCGUUGUAACCAGUCUCACAGGAAUUUAAAUGAACAACACAACAUACCAGAUGACCAUAACAUGACACGUAAGACCCGAGCCCGUCGACCAAGAAUACAAGUUCUUCAAUCAGGGUAUUGUGCCAUUUGCAAUCUUCCUUACAACAGCGUUGAGGACCAUAUACAGUCAAAGAAGCAUCAAAAGUUAAUUGGAGAAGAUGCCAACUACAUAGCGCUGAAUGGUUAUAUACAUUCUGAUGUUGGUUUAGAGUCAUUAUUGAGUUUGACUGGAAUAGAUGCAAUAGGGUUUGAUAAUGAUUUCUCUCCAACUGUAAAACGUCGAAAUAUGCCAAAACACAAGAAAUCAUCAAAUGUUUCUGAAGCGAGGCAAUCACCAAUUCCAGCCGUUCGCAGUGAAACGGCAGGUCAUCACCUGCGGUCUAGGAAAAAUGUUAAUUACAUGACUCCUCCCUUGGAAGAGGAUAGUUUGACUGAGAAACCAGAUUUGGAGCCACCUGUACGUCUUGUUUAUAAAGAGUAUAGAGAGUUGAGGUCUAGUACACGGGCGUUGGCCAAACUUACGUCUGUGCCGAUUAAAGAAGAGCCCGAGGUGUGGAAUUCUGGUCGGCCAAAAAGAUCUUGCAUCAACCGCCAGAAACGCGUCUCGGCCGAUGAACGCCUGGUCGCUGAUAAUAAAACUUAUUAUAAAGUUGAAGUUUUAUCGAAUAAGUUAAGGUCUACAGAUUCAAAAGAUAGGGAUAGUAUUAAAAAUACAAACACUUCAAAGACUGAAUCAGAAAAACUCAUCGUCAAGUUCAAGAAAUUGAGAAAUUCUGAGUUGGUCCAAUUAAACAAUGAAGCGACUAAUUUUUUGUUUCCCAAAAAAGACGAAUCCAGUGAUGAAGAAAAUGAUGGCGAUGAAGCAUGGGCCACGUCAGAAGACCAGAAUGAAACCCGGCAGUCUUCGAUUACAAGUGAUGAAGAUUUUAAGAAGCCUAAAAAUUUUAAAGUGGAAGAAGAGAGUUCAAUGGAUAGCAUUGUGUCUGAAACAUCAAAAAAGAAAAAGCGAAGGCGAACGCACGCGGAGGCGUUAAUCAAUGAUAACCAGAAGUAUUACAAAUUCGAAACACCUGGUUCCAGUUCUUUCAGGUUGCGAUAUCAUGGAUCCUAUCUUUCGCCUGUUACGUUAAAAUCGAAUGGAGACUGUACAGUCAAAGUAGAACCUGAGGAAGCUACAAUAAUUAAGAAUGAAAGUAAUGUGGAACUUAACCUGGAUGACUAUCAGUUUUCAUUUGAGUCUGUGCCGCAAAAUCAACCUUGGUAUCAAACCUUCAUACGGCAUGACAAGAUGGAGCAGAGAUAUCACUUUAGCCCUAAUUAUUAUUGGAAUGAUUUCGUGAUGCCAGAUAAGUUACCACACCUUAAGGCAUUGGACCCAAAGGUCUGUAUUGCAGCAUAUCGUGACCUUCUCAAAUGUAUUCCCACAAACGAAGAAACGGAAACAAACGACGCACUGGCUUGCGAAGCGGAACUCAAAAAUACUGUGAUACCACCACCAGAAUGGGAACUUGAUGAUGAUAAUAGUAAAAUAAGCAGCACAACAGGGAGUUCAUCGAGUUCAGUCGGGACAUCAGAACAGCUGGUUCCCCUUGAAUCCAGAAAAAGUAGUAAAAGAAAAGGUUUAUCGCCGGGUAAAAAUCCUAGGAAAUCACCUAGGCAGCAUGCUUCAACUUUAGCAAUUUUAAGUUUGUUACAUCAGCGGAAACGAAGGUCGAAAAAUGGAUUGGGGGAGACGAACCUUCAAACUAUACCUGAAGAAGACCCAGUGCAAGAGCAGGAAAAGCCCCCACCGCCUCCUCCACCUGUUCCCCCUCCAUCCCGUUCCACUUCUGCUGUUCCAAAAGCACCAAGGACAAAAAAAAGGUCAAUUGACUAUUUUGCAGUGGCGUCAAAAAUAGAUGAAGAGUUGGAUAGUGCAUUGGACUGUGAUGUUGAUUUAGAAUUAGAAACAAACGAAACGUGCGAAGAUGUUAUAGGUAGCGGCAAAAUAGGUGUGAUGGACAUACUCGCACUGUAUGAGGAAUCAAGAAGGAAAGAGUCCGAGUAUGCUUGCAGACGAUUCUUCAACGGUACUCCUGGUAGAAAGCCGGGAAAAAGAAAGAAGAACAAGACGGGCUGGCCAAGUCCAAAUAAGUCCAAGAGAAGGAAACAAUUGAAAGAAGACAAUGACAGUGCAGUUGAAUCCGCCAGUGUUAAUCAAGAUUCUGAUGAGGAAUCAGAAUCCAAUGACAGUAUUACUAAUAUUAGUUCAAAGGAAAAUGAAUCAAAACGUGUUCCUGGUCUGCCAGUAAAGGUGCAAAGAAACGAAUUUAAGAGUAAAGUGUUAAAUACUGACUUGCAGCCAUUUGUUUAUGUUAAGAAGUUAGAUAGUGAGAGAAUUGCUGAUGUGAAGUUGAAAGUGUCAUCGAAAAGGACUUCUAAACGGCAGAGACGAGUACUAGGGUCACCAAAAUCUCCGAGAAUGUUGCGCAAACCGAGGGGGAGGUGGUACAGAGAGAGAUAGAUUUGUUGUUAAUUUGUAUAUUUUUGUGUAAUUAUUUAUUUGUUCGCUCUUAUUCCAAGAGAAAUUUUAAGAUAUUUUGUACCAAAACGUCAUUACUUUUAUAAAAUGUAUAUAUAUAUAUAUAUAAAUAUAUAAUUUUGUAAUUAUUCCUGGGUGAAUUUCAAACUUCAGU